AUGCCGACCGUACGCAAAUUUCUCUUCUCGCUGUUGCUCGCUGGGCAGUCCAGCGCAAGAGUGCCUCGUUCUCCUGCUACUGCUCAACCUGUCGACCUGCCUCUGACUCUAAGUGCGCUUGGCUUCUUGGCGCCCAUCUCCAUUGGCUCGCCUCCCCAGUCGGUGAUUUCGUUGAUGGACUGGACUUGGAUCAAUCAAUUCACUCUCUCUACGCUGUGUUUGGGAAGCCCACAUGAUACUUCGGCGUGCCUUGUCGAUGGACAGGCUUUCUUCAACCAAUCCAAGUCGUCGACCUUUAAGAACCAGACGAGUUUGUAUCCUGGCCGAACCUGGAACCCGAACGGCUUCUUUGGGCCGCUUCCUCUUACUGUGCAGUUUGGGUCGGAUAUCCAGCAUGUCGGGCCCUUGUCUGCGCCAGUAACCUUUAUGCUGGCUGAUAUGCAGUUCCCGCAGCCAAGCUCGUUCCCAUUUACAGGCGUGUUUGGGUUGUCGCCUGUGUUUCAAACAGACAAUCAGUCAACUCAAUCCACCUUUUAUCAAUUUUGGAAGCAGGGGCUUUAUUCAAGUCCAAUAGUGUCCUUUCUCUAUUGUUACAACAGCACUUUUGGGAAUGUAGCCCCGGCACGAUCUCUUUGCAAUGGAAACGAUGCUGUUCAGACCCUUGGCGGGUAUCAUUCCAACUGGAUCUCGUCUGGGACUAUUCAGUGGUACGAAAGCAUUGUUUUCCCGUUGGUCAACACCAUCGACAUCGUCACAAGCCCCGAGAUUCUCAAUUAUUGGGCCCUGCCGGUUACCCAGCACUUGAUCGGGGACGAGGCACAGGCAAUCAACAAGACGGCAUCUGGAGCAGUCUUCGACUACGCGAGUCUCGGCCGUGGCGCCCCCGUGUCCGUCAACAGUUAUGCGAGGUUGAUUGAGCUCACUGGAGCCAAGCCCAUCACUCUCGAUCCUUCUGUGGCCCCCAAUAACGGAGCCCAGGCAUUCUACUCCGUGCCCUGCUCCAACGUCACGAAUUUGCCUCCUCUCAAGUACCAAUUCGGCGCGGGAACUCCCCAGUGGGAGAUUAUCCCCCAGAACUACGUCGAGAAGAUUACCGUAUCCAGCACCGAGACUGCCUGCGUACUGAAUGUACGGACCUUGGGCGAUGGAGAUUGGGUGAUUGGCAACUUGGGGGAGACGUUUGCCAAGGACAAGGUUAUUCUCUUUGACUUUGACAAGCUGCAGAUUGGCAUUGCCAAUGCCGCCUAG